CAUUUUCUAUCUCUUCCGCUUUCUCUCUGCGAUUAAAACCCUAAUUUCGCUCGCUCUCAACUUCCUCUUUCUCUCGAAUUCGAAGUUCUUUCUCUGUGUUUCUCUCUCUCUCUCUCUCUGUCCCUCUGUUUCUUUUCUCUCUCUCAUGGCACCGGCACGUGAAGAGAACCCUUACGAAGGCGGCGGCGGCGGCGGUUUCGGCAAGUUCCGAAAACGACCGUUCCGCAGAAGCCAAACGACGCCGUACGAUCGCCCACCGACAGCGCUGCGAAACCCUAACCAAAGCAACGGUUGGUUCUCGAAGCUCGUCGAUCCCGCGCAGAGGCUCAUCGCUUCCAGCGCUAACAAACUCUUCGCCUCCGUUUUCCGCAAGCGCCUUCCUCCACCACAAGAAGCAGUACAGGAAGUGAGGGACCAUCACCAGGAAACAGCUCUGAUUAUUGCAAAUGAAUCCUCUGGCAAGCAAGUAGUAGGUGAAACUAGUGUCCAAAUUAACUGUUCUGGUGGAGAUGGAUUAACUGAACUUGAGAAACUAUUAAAGCAGAAGACUUUCACCAGAUCAGAGAUAGAGCAUUUGACAGAACUUAUGCGUUCAAGAACUGUGGGUUCAUCUGUUGCAGAAGAAGGGAUGAGCACAGAAGUGGUUCCAUCAGAUCCAGUUUUUCCUUGUGAACAAAAGGGAGAAUAUCCCAAAACUCCAGGACCAGAAAAUGGGAUUGAAAACCAGCUUGUUUCAACCCCAUAUGUUACUAAGACUACCUCCACUGUUUCUGUUGACGAUGUUGCUUCCCCUGCGGAGCUUGCCAAGGCUUACAUGGGUAGCAGGCCUUCAAAGUUAUCGCCAUCAAUGUUAGGCUUGCGAAGUUCUCCCAGGGAGGAUCCAUUUCUACUAAAAAAUCAACACGUUGCUCAGAAAUCUCCUAUUAAGUCAAUUGUGCCAAAGGCUACUACCCUUACUAGGGUUCAUGAAAAUGGUUUAGUGACCCCAAGGUCUCAUGGCAGAUCAGCGAUAUAUAGUAUGGCUCGAACACCAUAUGCAAGAGUUUAUCCAGGCUCUAUGCUCAAGGGUGCUGGGGUGGCUGUUGAAGGUGAGCCGUCAUCUUCAGCUCGCCAUGCGAUUGAUCAUGAUAUGCUUUCUGGAUCCAAGCAAGGGGUAUUAAAACGUGGAAGUUCUCUAUUAGGUAAUGAUAUAGGAUCCUUUGGUCCAAUACGCCGAAUCCGUCACAAGUCUAAUCUUCUAUCUGCUAAAAGCCUUACCUUACCUCAUUUGGGAAAUGCUCUAGCUAUAGAUAGGAGUAGAGUUGGCAUUGAUGCUGCUCAGCAACCUUCAUCUUCCAUGCAGAAGCCUAAUCUGUUGGGUGAAGCUAAGCAUAGGCAUACAAAUCUGUCUGCAGAAAAUGUAGAUGAUACCAUGCCUAGUUCCAACAUUCCUCCUUUACCCUCAAAAUCCAGUGAGAUGGCCUCAAAAAUACUUCUGCAUCUUGAUAAGUUGGUUUCCCCUAAAGAAAAAUCUCCAACAAAGAUGUCGUCAUCCAUGUUACGAGGACAGGCUCUUCGAAGUAUGGAGACAGUAGAUUCAUCAAAAUUCCUGGAUAACAUACGGGAUAAUGGAUUGGAUGGCUCACAUGGAAAUUUGUCUGCUGGUGCUCAAAAGUUAAAAUCGAAGAUAGAUGAAACUGAGAGUGGUCCGUCGAAAUUUGUUGCUCCUACUGAUGUAUUAGUUUCUGUCGAUGCAAAUACUACAGCCCCAAAGAAGCAAGAUAUAUCUAUUUUUAAAUCUGGAGAUUCCUCUGGAACAAAACCUGUUUCUCAUCCUCCACAAAAGAAGAGGGCAUUCCAUAUGAGUGCACCCGAGGAUUAUUUGGAGCUGGAUGAUGAUGCCCAUCCUAAUGGAGCUGUGUCUCCUUUCUCUACUUCUGGGAAAGAAACAACCGUCUCCACUGCUGUGGCUGAUAAAACUACCUCUGCUAUUGGAACAGCUGUACUGGAGAAGCCCCCAUGUUCAUCUGUGCUAAUGCCAUCCAAAAGUUUUACAAUAGAUGGUAAACCUCAAGUUAGGACAGCUGAUGGGUCCAAAGUUGAAAAGAAGGUUGAUGUACCAACCUCUAUAACUUCAUCUGUCUCUGAUCCUAUUUUUAAGCCAAUUUCAGAAGCUUCUAACACAAGUUUAGGCUUUAACAAAUCUACUACACCUAAUGGAUCAGUUGCUAAUCCUCCCCUAUUUAACUUUGGGAAUAAAGUUGUUCCAUCAAUGGAGCUGACGGCUGCUGAUGCUCCGUCAAAAUACUCUACCAAGUCAGGUCCACUAUUUGGUUUGGAGAAGGUUCCAUUAUCAAAAGAGCCAGGUGCUGAUGCUCCUUUGGUUAAUUCUGGGUUCAACAAAAAUGGUGGCAAUGUUUUACAAGUACCUGUUACUUUCUCUUCAUCUGUUGGUGAAUCUGCUGUUUUUAAAUUUGGCUCUUCUGACUCAAAGCCGAUAAGCUCAAUCAGCUCAACUACUGUUCCUGGUGCUGUUGAUUCAAUGCCAAAAGCUCUUGAUUCAGACAAUGCUGGUGCUAAGACUAAUAUAAUAGCUGGUUUCUCUGCUCGGUUAUCUGAACCAGCUGUUUCUUCUGUGGCAUCGAUGCCAUCGUUGACAUCGCCUGCAAAUUUAUUUACCUUUGGCAACAAUUCAAAUCAAAAUAAUGGACCUGCUGCUUCAAGCCCUACAUUUUCCUCUCCAUUUCCCCCUCUGACAAACAAUUUUACAGGUCAGAAUAUAUUCAGUAGCUCAUCUCUUGCAGCAAGCAACAGCAGUGUUAGUGCAUAUGUAGCCUCCACUAGCAUGGGCAUGACAACUAGCACCCCUGCUGUAGUUGCCGCCAGCAAUAGCAGUUCCUCCACCCAAGUCUCAUCUUCAUCUCCCACAACUUCAUUUUUCAAAUUUGGAUCUACCCCUUCAGCACCAACAAGUUUACCUGUGUCAUCUUCUGGCUCAGAACCACUGGAAAACAAGAGUGGCACAGGGAUUGGCAUGUUUGGAAGCUCUUCUGCUGCAAUUGGAAGCACAGGGAGUGGCAUUUUUGGGUUUAGUACCCCAGCAAUGACAACUGGAAAUAGCCAGUCUCUGGGUUCUGUCUUUGGCACUACAAGUGGAUCUGGUACUAGUGGUUUUGCCACUUCAUCUGAGAGUCAGUCAGUGGCAUUUGGUUCAUCUGCAUCAGCCCCAUUGUCUGGGUUGACUGGGAGUGCAGCUUUUUCUUCAGGGAGUUCAUUGUUUUCUUCUUCAAGUUCUGCCACAAACAUUUUCAAUGCGGGUACAACUUCUGGGAAAAGUACCCCUGCUGCUUCCUCAGAAGCCAACCCUGUUAGCUCCAGUGGUGGCACAAGUUCUUCUGUGUUUGGGCUUUCAAGUUGGCAGCCCAGCAAGUCUCCAUUGGGUUCUUCCUUUAGUUCAUCAUCUUCACCUUCCUCUGGGUUUUCUUUUGGUUCUUCUUUUAGUUCAUUGUCUUCAUCUACUCCUGGGUUUUCCUUUGGAGGAACAUCCACAUCUUCUGUUACUUCUUCCAGUUCCCCCAUGAUGUUUGGAUCAUCUGCUGUUGCAUCAACUCCUCAGUUUUCAUUCACUUCUGCUACAGCUACUACCAACACACAGCCUGCUUUUGGAAGUUCUAGUCCUAGUCCUGGCUUCACGUUUGGUGGUUCAGCUCCAGCUCCUGUUAAUAAUGAUCAGAUGAGCAUGGAGGACAGUAUGGCCGAGGACACAGUUCAAGCAACUCCACCCGCAACUCCACCCGCAACUCCCAUAUUUGGUCAACAACCUGCCCCACUUCAAUCAAAUUUUGCAUUUGGAGCAUCAGCUUCAACAGGAGCGAGUCCUUUCCAGUUCGCAGGACAACAGAACAUUGCUCCUCCACAGAAUCCAUCUCCAUUUCAGGCUUCUGGCAGUCUUGAGUUUAAUGCUGGAGGGAGUUUCUCAUUGGGCACUGGUGGGGAUGACAAGUCUGGUCGAAAAUAUAUUAAAGUUAGGCAUAAUAGAUCGCGGAAGAAGUAAGCCUAUUUUGUUUAUGAAAAUGGUUAUUUCUGUUGCUGCUGCAGGCUGCACUUCAUUAUUGCUACAAAUUAAUAAACUCUAAAGGUGAGUGAUUCCUGAGUUUGUGUCCAGUUAGGAGGGAUCUGGACGACGCUAUUGAAAGCACACAUAAUCAGAUGCAAGGUUGUCAGUCUCAUUUGUCUUGCUUCUUAUAGAGUGCAAGGCAUAAUUUUUCACAAUUUUGUAAUAAUAGUAUGAUAUGGUUGAACAUAAUCUGCUGUACUUGUAAUGGUUUUAGGUCAUAUAGUAAUAGAUCAAAGGAUUUGGUCAGUUAUGUUCACAAAAUCCCUGUAUUCUCGUUACUUGUAUCAUAGCCAGAAAUAGGCAUGAAUGGCUUAGCUGGUUGUCAAAUAACUUACAAUUCUAGUGAGCAAUCUGUGAUUAUUAGCUGGUAGGCCUUUUUCUUCCCCGCUUAUUUUAGCGUCAAGUUUUGUUUGGUCACUUACAAAAUGAGGUGGAUUUUUUGGGCUAUUC